AUGGAUGAUCCACAUUUCGAUGAGCAAUGUGAUAUCAUGGACUUUUUCGAUGAAGAGUUAUCUGCUGCACUAGGAGAAGAUUUGCAAAACACUUUGUCCCAAGAAGACAAUACAUAUUCCUCCCAGGAAGUUCCAUUUCCCCAUUGGGGGUUUCCUGAAAUUAACCUUAAAAAUACAUAUUCCUCCACCUUAAUUCCAAGAAAUAGUUCCACAACCAAUUUAUCUGCACUUUCAGACAUGGAAGCUCCUCUAGUUAGUACUGAAAUACCAACAAAGCGGCAAAAUUCUAAGAGCUCUACUUCGUCCAUUAAUCUUAAUCAACCUUGCUGCUCCCCUAUGAUUCUAACUUUUGGAAAUUGUCAACAAGUAACACUAGGAAGUUUUAGUCCCGAGGGUGAUACAAUGUCUGAGGUUUUAUUAUCCCAAGAAUCCCAUAUGAAUCUUAAGGAUGCAAUUAUUAAAGAUACUCAAAAGAAAAAGAAAAAGAAAACUGCCCGUCGCGUGAGGCCAGCAUCGCAAACUUAUGAUCACAUAGUAGCUGAAAGAAAGCGAAGGGAGCAGAUCAGCCAGCGUUUUGUGGCUCUCUCAGCCUUAGUCCCUGGCCUGAAGAAGGAAUGA